CUGGCGCUAAAUCUCGCGGGAGUUGCUUUUGCGCGCGAACUCUAAGUGCCAGGGUCCCGGGGUCCGCUUGUGGCUGGCUAGUGGCUGUGCAGGCCUCCGGGGGACGCGACGACUCCAGCGGACCCGGACACCUUCUUCACCCCGCCAUGGAGACCUCAGCGAAGAAGGAGCAGCAGCAGCCCGCGGAGGCCAAGAUCAGAAACCUGCCCUGGGUUGAAAAAUACCGGCCACAGACACUGAAUGAUCUGAUUUCUCAUCAGGACAUUUUGAGUACCAUUCAGAAAUUUAUUAGCGAAGACCGACUGCCGCACCUGCUUCUCUAUGGUCCUCCAGGGACAGGAAAGACCUCUACCAUCCUAGCCUGUGCUAAACAGCUAUACAAAGAUAAGGAAUUUGGCUCCAUGGUCUUGGAGCUGAAUGCUUCAGACGACCGAGGAAUAGAUAUCGUUCGGGGACCAAUCCUGAGCUUUGCCAGCACAAGGACAAUAUUUAAGAAAGGCUUCAAACUAGUGAUCUUGGAUGAAGCUGACGCCAUGACUCAAGACGCCCAGAACGCCUUGAGGAGAGUGAUUGAGAAAUUUACCGAAAAUACCCGCUUUUGCCUCAUCUGUAACUAUCUGUCAAAGAUCAUCCCCGCCUUGCAGUCCCGCUGUACGAGGUUCCGAUUCGGUCCUCUGACUCCUGAACUCAUGGUUCCCCGCCUGGAACAUGUUGUAGAAGAAGAGAAGGUGGACAUAAGUGAGGACGGGAUGAAAGCACUUGUGACUCUUUCCAGCGGAGAUAUGCGAAGGGCUCUGAACAUUCUGCAGAGCACCAAUAUGGCCUUUGGGAAGGUGACAGAGGAGACCGUCUACACCUGCACUGGGCACCCACUCAAGUCAGACAUCGCCAACAUUCUGGACUGGAUGUUGAAUCAAGACUUCACGACAGCCUACAGAAAUAUUACAGAGUUGAAAACGCUGAAGGGGUUGGCGUUACAGGACAUCCUGACAGAGAUACACUUGUUUGUGCACAGAGUUGACUUUCCAUCUUCAGUUCGAGUACAUUUAUUGACCAAAAUGGCAGACAUUGAGUACAGACUUUCUGUUGGCACCAACGAGAAGAUUCAGCUGAGUUCCCUCAUAGCCGCUUUCCAGGUCACCAGGGACCUGAUCGUCACAGAGGCCUAAAUGCUGAGGACCAUUCUCCACCAUUCGCGGGCCCCACAGUGACUGGAGGAGAGGGGACUCUGUCACGGGAUGAACUGCUGUGCGGGCUUGGGGAUGAAGCCACAGUCACCCCAAGUUUUGGAAAACUGUUCCAGACACGGGUGGGCAAAGGUUUAAAAAGUACCAUUUUUGUGUUUGGAGCAGGUAUAUACAAAACAGUUUUAAUAUACAGCUCUCUUAUUGCACUGCCCAUUUGUGUUUUACAGGAAAAAAGAGUAAAAUGCUUUCUUUUAGCCUUAAGGCUUUUUACCAUUCAAUUGCUUAGAUGGCAGGAAAUUGGCCUACCCCAUUUUGGUCUAGAACAAAAGGCUUCCAAAUCUCAUGUGGUACCAGUGUCUUCUAUCACUCAAGGUAAACUGAACAUCUCCAGAAUCAAGUGUGUAAAUCUAAUCUGUGGCACCAUCUCCAUAUCUACUUUAUAAAGGUGUUAAUGAAGAAAAAAAUAGGUGUUAAUGGAUUUCUGGCCCAUUAACCUGAGGCACAGGGCCUCAGGUUCCCUUACGUGAAAAGUGUCUAUUUCUCCUCUUAAAGUAGGUUCCUAACUGCGGUGUGGACAGUGAAGAGUCACUUUGUGCCUGUGGGGGCCAGGCCUAGGACUCCCUCCUUAAUGCAAGGAGGGCAGGCAAGUGUGGGCCGGACUCGAAGCCGCAAGGACAAGGCCCUGUGCAGUGUGGCAGUUUAUUUUAGAGCAAACAGGCUGCAUUUAUGAUAGUGUUCUUCUCAAUAAAAAUAAAGCAGCUUGUGUGUU